ACGUGACGGUUAUCGAGAAAUAUGGCGUGAAGUUGGCACGAAGAUGGUUGUCGCGAGUUACGAAAGAGUCGACGAUUUCUCGCGGGGAAGUCGCUUCCCAAUCGUCCGGAAAAAGUGCCGCGCUGCUGUUUUCCCUCUUGAAUCCAGCCCGCGUAAGAUAGUGCAAUGCUAUACAACAUCAAGUGGAUCAUACCGAAGCUUCGAAGUUCGACCAGGCUCUGGAACAUUGCGAGCAGUAUAACCUUCGCUGCAGUAGGGAUUUUCUCAAAAAUCAUUAUAGGUAGAAUACUGUAUGCGUUACCGCCCAACGAAGGGCGCAGGAAAUCAGUCGUUGGCCCUUGCUGGCCUUUCAAAUGGCUGAACAGAACGACGGUACACAACAAGCACAUCAUAACACAGGCGUUAGACAACCGGCCGAAAAAUGUCCCCCUCAUCACCGUGUCGAAUCAUCACAGUUGUUUCGACGAUCCGGGCAUAUGGGCGACACUGGACCUGAGGCAUCUCCUGAAUCGACGUAAGAUGAGAUGGUCGCUCGCUGCUCACGACAUUUGUUUCACGAAUAUCUGGCAUUCCUACUUCUUUAUGCUGGGCAAGUGCAUUCCCGUAAUCAGGGGUGGCGGAGUCUAUCAGGAAGCGAUGGAUUUUUGCAUCGAGAAGCUGGCCUCUGGGGAUUGGGUUCAUGUUUUUCCCGAGGGGAAGGUGAACAUGCUCAAAGAGAACAUGAGGUUAAAAUGGGGCGUGGGAAGGUUAAUAUUGGAGUCACCCGUUCCACCUUUAGUGAUUCCAAUUUAUCAUCUUGGCAUGGACCAAGUUCUCCCCAACGAACCACCCUACAUACUGAGACUACGGAAAAAGGUCACCAUGAAUUACGGUGAACCCAUAGACUUUAGCGAAUUAGUGCAAGAAUUACGUACAUCGAAAGCAACGGAGAUGGAAGCGAGGAAAGCGAUCACGGAUCGUAUCCAGGAAGAGCUCCUAAGAUUAAAAUCUGUCACCGAGGAACUUCACGAAAAGUUAUGAUGGUCGAUAGGGGGGCCGCCGCAUUAUCAUCCCCAAUCAGCUUUAAUUAGUCAACAAAAUAAAAAUGCAAUUUUUAAUAUGACACUAGGUGGAAUUUCGUGCUAGGUUUUUUAAUCAGAGGUGAUUACCUAAGGACAACACGUUUAGCGAUAUAUGUGCAAUUGUGCAACACAAUACACACGCUGGACAUGAGUGAUUUAGACUCUCUAAAAGGAAAAUGGCUACGUUCGUCACGCUUGGUUUCGGAUUUUAAUUUAAAUACGAGUCAUCCCGACUUAACUAAUAAUGCCAUAUAUGUUUUCAUGGGCUGCAGUGAGCUCGUACGCAACAAUGUACAUACAUACACACGUUGUACAUAGAACGAACUAUCGGAAACGUGUUAUAUACAAACUCACAGGAGAUUCUUCAUAGAAGAACCGUUAAGACAAUCACAAAUUAUAGAAGGUCCUGAAUAUAGUAUCCCAACUGUGCCAGCUGGACCAUUUAGUCUGGGCCACAACCUUACAAGUGCCUUAAUUUACACAAAAAGGAUAGUUAAGGAAUUUAUAUGGUAUUGUAAUCAGUUUUUGUAUGACUAGUAAUAUUAUGCUACAUCCUGGAACUGCUAGUUGGACUCAUUGGUAAGGCUUAGCUGGCAUGUCCUAUCUUAGACGGGACGCUAUUAAUCGUUUAUAGUAAGGAGAUAGACAUAAUUCUUAUUUAGUAGAUAUAGUUUCAAGUUAUUAUACGCAAUUUCCAUUCAUCAUCUAGUGUUUGUCUCCACAACCUAACACAGGAUUAUUUGUGCGUCUCGUUUAAAACAGGAAUUGUCAGAUAAGCGUCCCGAUGAACUCGACUAGUAGAUUCAUGAUAAAAGUCAGAACUAUUCCUCGUUGUACCAAAAAAAUUACUUAUUACGCAAAAUAUAGCUUUUUUAAUAUAUCGGUAACCUUUAUAGAUUAUGUGGUUUGGCCUCUUCCGAACUAUAAGAGGCCUUGCCUCCUUACACCGAAUUUAGGAUUCAAAUGGUGUAGAGCUUCACAAUUUGUGACCGCAUACUAGCGUAAUAUAAUUUUGUUCGUUGGAUGAAUUUACUCUGCAUAUAUAUUGAAAAAGAGGUCGCGUAACUUUUGUAUCGCUACGCACAAAUGGAAUACAAUUAUACUGAAAAGAAAUGUGACGUUGAAUGAAGGAGAAAGUAAAACAAGAUUCAAUUAACACCCAACGUAUCUGUUAAAUUCUCAAGGAAAAUACAAUACUAACGUUUAUGAUCUAAGAUCACACAUUAAGACAGCUAUGUUCGCAUACACUGACAUAUAUUUUUGAUAUACCGAGAAUUUACAAUAUAGUUGUAAACAUACUUCGAAUGAUAAAAAUAACGCAGAGAUAUGCACAUUUUGUUAUUUAUUAAAUUCUUGUAGCGAGUAGUAAAAUAUCUCGUACGUGAAAACUAUCUUCUUCUGUUUCAAAUUUAUAUUGAAUAAGAUUAUUAUUGAAAAUGUAAUGUGAUAUCUUUUUUACAUGACUAUUUCGUUUGAAUAAAUUAUUUCUCAUGUUA